UCGUUGUUUACAUGUCAAAGAUUACGAAAGCGAUAAUAUAAAAAAUAAACAAAAUAAUGGAUACUAAAGACGAUAUCUAUCAAAUGGCCUAUCGUGGCGAAUUUAACGCACUAGUGAACAAAUUAGACGAAUCUCCUAACGCCCUUAAACAGAAAGACGACAAUGAACGUUAUUUAUCCCAUUGGGCUGCCCUGGGUGGUCAUGAUUCACUUCUAGCUCAUCUGUUAAACGACGGGUGCCCCAUGGAUUCACCAGAUGAUAUGGGUUCCACGCCUUUGAUUCUGGCAGCCUCUGCAGGCCGGGAAGAUGUGGUGAAAAUUCUUUUGACUCGUGGAGCUGAUAUUAACCAUCAGAACAACCAGGGACAUUCUGCUUUGCAAUAUGCCAGCUCUAAAGGCUGGCCAGAGAUUGUUGAUAUGUUGUUGCAAAAUGGUGCUGAUGUUAAUAUAACUGAUAAUCAAGGUGCUACGCCUUUGCACAGAGCAGCUUCACAAGGAAAGACUGCUAUUGUUAGAUUAUUGUUGGCGAAUACUAGUAUCAAACUGGAUUUGACAGAUAUUUCAGGAAAUACUCCAUUACAUUUAGCUUGCGAAGAAGAUAGACAAGAAGAAGCGAAACUUCUGGUUCUUAAAGGUGCUAAUUUAGAAUUAAAAAAUAAAGAAGGUCAAACACCGUUAGAUUUAUCAUCUCCUGGAUUGUCCAGAACUCUUAAACAAGCAACAUAA